AUGCGAUCAAAUAGGUAUGGCAACCGGCCGCGGACUUCCGAGGGCAAACUGGCCACCAUAGCCUACGCCGUAAUAGGCAUUCCCCUGAUGUUACUGUUUCUGUCAAACGUGGGCCAACUGUUUGCCAAAGCCUUGAAGUUGCUGUACGGCUACUGUUGUAAUUGCUCAGGCACGGACCCUGGUCAGGACCUCCAGGGCCUGCACGCCCACCACCACCUCCACGACCACUAUCACGUCCAUCACAUCGCCCUCAACGACGUCUCGUCCAGCGGACACCUCAUCCACUGCAACAGCAACGCCGACCCCUACCGGACCGCGAAGUGCUACUCCGCCUGCAACUCAAACUCUCAAAGAGAUCAGUACGGCGUUGGGGGCGGACUCGAGGCCGAGACGAAAAUCUGCUCCGAUAUGGCCGACCAUCACAGCUGCGCCGGCACUCUAAACCGGGCCCACUCGCACUCACAUCACUCCAUACUGCGAGGGGCGCCCACCGCCGACACGGCCGACCUCAUGGUUGGCAAUAGUAUAGACGCACCCCAUCAUCAUCACGAGCCGCGUGAGGAGCCCCAGGAUGUGACCGUUCCUAUCAUAUUAUGUGUUAUACUCAUCGGGGGCUACGUCCUAAUGGGCGCCGCCCUGUUCUACGUGUGGGAGGGCUUCACUAUACUCGACGGCUCCUACAUUGCGUUCUGUUUGCUCAGUACCAUUGGUUUCGGCGACUUAAUGCCCAGCCAUUCCGUAUUAAGUGGUAGAGACGGCUCACAAAAGAAGCUCAUUAUAACGAGCGCCUACAUCAUAGGAGGAAUGGCAUUAAUAGCUAUGAGCUUUAAUUUAGUUCACGAACAGGUUUUACAUAAAAUGAAAAAAUGUGGCAAAAAGUUGGGAAUAUAUUCCGACGAACCGGAGAUUGAUUUGUCUACUCAUGAACCGCACGACGAAGACUUCGACGUCUAAUGUGUGGCUCAUCUCUGAUGAGAGAGAGACUGGAUGUUGGCAGCAAACCCCUGGUAUAUCUCAAUGCCAGUGGUGUGUGUGUUGUUGGCUGUACUGCCGGUGCCAGCACUCGGAAUAUCAAUAAUGAAAAUUAAUAUAACGGCAUCUCGUUAUCAAUAGAUCACAAUUAAACUGAGGC